AGCCCCAAAUGAGAGAGAGGGUACGAAAGCAAGCCACAUUGCAUAAAAAUGAAAAUGGGUGAGUUUACCUCCUAAUGCCACAGUUGGGACUUGAAGUUUUAAUAAUGAAGGUCCUCCUUGUGUGGCUUGGCAUUGUUGUUGUUGUUGUUGUUGUGUCAAGCAAGGCGUCUGAAGCGGUUGAGCAUCAUUACGUGAAUGCAAGUGAUCUCAACUUGUUGGAGGCACAUGAAGCUGGAAGGGGUGCAUACACUCUUAUGGUAGGACUCACCCUUAUUCAAACUGCUGCUGCUCAAGGAGCAGUUUGUUUGGAUGGAUCAUUGCCUGGUUACCAUUUACAUCGAGGAUAUGGAUCAGGAGCAAAUAGUUGGAUCGUUAAUUUAGAGGGAGGAGGAUGGUGUAAUGAUGUCAGGACAUGCAUUUAUCGCAAGAAAACUCGGCGCGGAUCUUCAGCAUUCAUGGAAAAGGAGAUACCUUUUACAGGAAUAUUAAGCAAUAAGGCUGAACAAAAUCCAGAUUUUUUCAACUGGAACAGAGUGAAGAUUCGUUAUUGUGAUGGUGCCUCUUUUGCUGGGGACAGUGAACAUAAGGCUGCACGUCUGCAAUUCCGAGGACAGCGCAUUUGGAUGGCUGCAAUGGAGGAUCUGAUGUCGAAGGGAAUGCGUUUUGCCCGGCAGGCUCUACUUUCUGGAUGCUCAGCUGGUGGCCUGGCUACCAUCAUACACUGCGACGAAUUUCGAGGUCUGUUUCCAAGGAGUACAAAAGUGAAGUGUCUCAGUGAUGCUGGGCUAUUUCUUGAUGCGACCGACGUAUCUGGUGGACACACACUCAGGGAUUUUUUCAGUGGUGUUGUAGGGUUGCAGGGAGUGCAGAAGAAUCUGCCGCGUACUUGUACCAAUCACCUUGAUCCCACAUCGUGCUUCUUCCCACAGAACUUGAUUGCCGGUAUAAGAACCCCACUCUUCAUUCUCAACACUGCCUAUGAUUCAUGGCAGAUCCAGUCAAGCUUAGCUCCGACAACAGCGGACCCAGGUGGCAAUUGGCAUGAUUGUAGAAAAAAUUAUUAUAGGUGUUCUGGUUCACAGAUCCAGUUUCUACAAGGUUUCAGGAAUGAAAUGUUGAAUUCUAUGAAAGGCUUCUCAAGAUCAAAUCAGAAUGGAAUGUUUAUCAAUUCAUGUUUUGCUCACUGUCAAUCUGAGAGGCAGGAUACAUGGUUUGCGGAUAAUUCUCCUGUCAUUAGGGAAAAGGCAAUUGCUCUGGCAGUUGGAGACUGGUUUUUCAACCGUGCUGUCGUUAAGGACAUCGAUUGUGCUUACCCUUGUGAUAAUACAUGCCACAAUCUGAUCUUCAGAUGAAGCAAAUUUUUAUCAAAUUGUUCCAAAUUCAUUCACCACAUUCAUUUGGGCCUCUUCUCAUCAGCAAUUAGGAUAUAUCUUAUUCACCUAAAAUUAUUAUACUAGGCAAUUAAAGGGGAAAAAAAGAGGUUGCUGAAAAGUGCAACAAGGUAGCAUUUCUCUGUGACCGAGUAGUUGGUGAAAGUGAUUGUUGUUAUGUAUAUGUUUAGUUGUGAAUCCUUUGUUGCAGAUAUUGACAAAUACUUGCAUGUUCUUCGAGUACAUUUAAUGUAUAGAUUAAUUUUAAUCACUGAAAAUAAAACCUCAGUGAUUAAGAUUAUUCUUGGAACACAUUAAAUAUUCUUAAGGAAUUUGCAAGGAUUUCUCAUCAAAUAUUUUUUGUUAUCCAAUAUUUUUUUAGGUGAUGGAGAGGCAAUAAAACAUUAGAAUUAGGGACAGUUUGCAUACUGUAACUUGGUAGUGAUUGAACGAGAUCAUCUCAAUCUCAAUCUCAAUCUCAUUUCAAUAUUUCCCUUCCGCCGGUUGCAAUAAAAUGUUUGGCAUUCAUUAUUGGUAAA